UAGUGUCCCCAGCCUAAAACACGCAUGUCGUCCAAGUAAAUAGGAGGAUCUGUUUAUGUGUUACUGUAUCUUUUUUCCUUGGCUUUUGUGAAUUUUAAAAUGAAUACAGUAUAUAAAAGCAUAACAGCUGUUAAAGUAUAUUAUUCAUAUUGCAUAAAAUUAAGAUGUUUCACUGGCAUUGCUAUUAGAAAUAAAUCAAAUUUUAAUAGAUUGCAAUGGAAUUCUUCAAACAUACGACUUUUAACUAAUAAUUCAUGCAUAAAUGCGUCGAAAUUAAGUACGGGAGCAAAAGAGGAGACAUCCGAUCUUCAACAGCAUGAUAAAGAAUUCGCAGUUGCGAAAUAUUCGGAACUUGUCACCGAUCUUGAGAAAAAGAAAAAAAUUCUUAUGCUUUUGAUGGAACACGAAGUUGCAAAACUGGAAGGCAAAAAAGUGCCAUCAAAAAUUUCCGUGAUGGAUAUGAGGGAACUCUUAUCUAUGUAUAGUUAUUCAUCCCGUAUCAAAUAUAUGGGAUUUUUAUUUGAAAAAGAACUACGGAAAGCUGCAGACCGCAGAAAAAAAGAAAUUAAGCAAAAAGAUAGACAAGCUUGGUUGAUUGAAAAAGAAAACAUAAAACCACCUGAACACAUACAGUAUGGUAUUGGGCACAACACAAUGAUAUUAAGAAUUCGUCGAAAAACUGUGAUGCGAUUCUACAACCAGCGGCUGGCAAAUGCAGUGCUCUAUGGCCAGAAAUUUAUUGUGGACAUGGACUAUGAUUGUUUUAUGCGAAAACAGGAUUGUAAUAAUUGUGGAGAACAGUUACUGGAACUCUACAGCGUUAACAGAAGGAAUUGUAAUCCUUACGACCUUUUCUUUUGUAAUGUGGACAACCAAAGCCAAACAAUGACUUCCUUUCGAAGAUACAUGCCUAACUUGUAUGCACCAGACAAUUUCAUCACAUUGACAGAUUUAAGUUAUUUAGACAUAUUUCCGAAAGAAAAACUAGUUUAUGUCACUCCUUUUGCAAAAGAGCCUAUGAAAACAUAUGACCAUAAUGCUGUAUACAUAAUUGGAGGAUUGGUGGAUAAGUGCAUUAAAGAACCCGUGGUUCUUGCAAAAGCUAAACGUGAGGGUAUACGUGCCGUCCAUCUUCCAUUUGACGAAUACUUAAUGUGGGGGAGAGGCAACAGGAGUCUGCCUUUAACCAAAUUGGAAAUAUUGUUGGAGAUGAACACCAAUGACUGGCAAAAGCUUCGCUAUGUGCCUCAGAGAAAACUUGUGCGAACUUUAGAUCUGUACUCAGAAUUCUAAGUGUACAGAAUCUUGUAAAUACUUUUAUUCAUAAAUAAAAAAAGAAAACUAGUAUUUAAA